UUCUGAGAACCCAAUGUAAUGUGUUCACUGAGCAAACCUGUUUUUCUUUUCAUUUCAGUUGGAAAAACAUCCUUGAUCACCAGAUUCAUGUAUGACAGUUUUGACAACACCUAUCAGGCAACAAUUGGCAUCGACUUUUUAUCAAAAACAAUGUACUUGGAGGAUCGAACAAUCAGGCUUCAGCUGUGGGAUACUGCGGGUCAGGAACGUUUCCGUAGCCUCAUUCCCAGUUACAUCCGUGACUCUGCUGCAGCUGUAGUAGUUUACGAUAUUACAAAUGUUAACUCAUUCCAACAAACUACAAAAUGGAUUGAUGAUGUCAGAACAGAAAGAGGAAGUGAUGUUAUCAUCAUGCUAGUAGGAAAUAAAACAGAUCUUGCUGACAAGAGGCAAGUGUCAAUUGAGGAGGGAGAGAGGAAAGCCAAAGAGCUGAAUGUUAUGUUUAUUGAAACUAGUGCAAAAGCAGGAUACAAUGUAAAGCAGCUCUUUCGACGUGUAGCAGCAGCUUUGCCUGGAAUGGAAAGCACACAGGACAGAAGCAGAGAAGACAUGAUUGACAUAAAACUGGAAAAGCCUCAGGAGCAACCAGUCAAUGAAGGAGGCUGUUCCUGCUAAUCUCCCAUGUCAUCUCAACCCUUCUUCAGAAGCUCACUGCUUUGGCCCCCUUACUCUUUCAUUGACUGCAGUGUGAAUAUUGGCUUGAACCUUUUCCCUUCAGUAAUAACGUAUUGCAAUUCAUCAUCGCUGCCUGUCUCGUGGAGAUGAUCUUUUAGCUUCACAAGCACAAAAAAAGUCAGUGUCUUCAUUAUUUAUAUUUUACAAAAAGCCAAAAUAUUACAACAUAUUCCAGUGAUAACUUUAAAAAUUAGAUACAUUUUCUUAACAUUUUUUCCUUUUUAAUGUUAUGAUAAUGUACUUCGAAAUGAUGGAAAUCUCAACAGUGUGAGUAUGGCUUGGUUAGUAAGCAGUAUAUUCACAGCCUACUUGAUCUCUCCUUGCUCUUCUUAUGUCUCUCUUACCCCCUUUCCCUGUAUCUUACCUAGCCUCCCCCACUUCCUCAAAACAAACGAGAUGGCAAAGCAGCAGUCAGACCAAGCCCAUUGGAAUUAUCCUUUAAUUUUACAGAUACCACUUGCUGUAGGCCAUGGGCCAAGAUGUCCAAAAUUAUUCUUGAGCACUGAUACGAAUUACUUAGAUCUUCUUUGGGAUCAGAAUUCAGCUAUCGUAGUAGGCAGUGCGUGAAUGAGAAAAGGGUCCUGGUGCAACUUCAAAAUGAGUCCUAAAGAACAUACUGAGUACUUGUAAGUAGAAGAACAUAAAAUGUAUUUCUGACUAAAACAAAUGGCCCUUUCACAUGUGCUUUAUUAGACUCUGGGAGAGAAAAGUAACCUAGUGCUUCAGAACAGGUUUUUAGUGUUCUUCGUGGUAAAAUAAUGAAAUUCUAAUGAACUGUUUCUCCCAAGGUUUUAAAAUGUUAAGAGUUAUUCUGUUUGUUUAAAAAAUAAUAACAAACUUAAGCAAUAGAUUUUGCUUGUGUUUUCUUUAAAAAAAAAAUAUAUAUACUAUGUAGGCAAAGCACUGUAAAAGUUCAGUUCCUUUCAGAAGAACCAGUGGAAGAAUUUAAAUUUGGCACUAUGAUCAAAACUACUAAAUUAGUAGAAGUAACGGUAUCUAAAGCUUACCAACAAAAGAACCCUCAGGAGAAUAGCAAAAACUUUGCUCAGGACAUUUGAGGUCAAAAUGAAGAUGGAAGCCGUUUUCUUCUAAGCCCCUAGAGGCAGAUCAGGUAAAGCAUGCAUAGUAGAGGGAAAGGAGAGAAUGGAAAUAAAACUCAAUGUUAUGCAGAUUUAUGCCUUAUUUUUUAGCAUUUUUUAAUGUUGGGUCUUUCAGGCUGGUUUUGGUUUGUAUUAGAACUAUAUAGUUUAAUUAACUAGUGAUUUAGUUUUAUAUUCAAGCUACAAUUAAUCGUUUUUCUUUGGUGAUAUUUAUUUCUUUGCCUUUUUUUUUUUUUUAACAACUUUCAAUUUUUAGAUGUUUUGUUGAAUCUAUUUAGAGCUUCACCAUGGCAAUAUGUAUUUCCCUUAAAACACUGCAAACAAAUAUACUAGGAGUGUGCCCUUUUAAUCUUUACUAGUUAUUGUGAGAUUGCUGUGUAAGCUAAUAAACACAUUUGUAAAUACAUUGUUUGCAGGAAGAAAACUUCUGAGUUACAGCUCAGGAAAAGCCUGCUGAAUUUAUGUUGUAAGCAUUACUUAACACAGUAUAAAGAUAAAAAGACAACAAAAAUACCUUCAUACUUCCUUAUCCCCUCAUUGCAACAAAACCUUAAACUGGGAGAACCUUAGUCCCCUUUCUUUCCUCUUCCUCCUCCACUUCCCACUUAUUGUCACCUUGUAAUAUUCAAAGAGCACUUGGAUUAUGGAUCUGAAUAGAGAAAUGCUUACAGAUAAUCAUUAGCCCACAUACCAGUAACUUAUACUUAAAGAUGGGAUGGAGUUGUAAAGUGCUUUUAUAAUACAAUAUAAUUGUUAAAAGCAAGGGUUGACUCUUUGUUUUAUUUUGACAUGGCAUGUCCUGAAAUAAAUAUUGAUUCAAUAUGGUAGAUGGGUCAUAUUCUUUAUUUGGAAGAAGUUGUGACUUCUGACAUGGGGGUGAUUGUCUUCCUACACUGUUGCAUUUGAUUCUUUUUAUGUAUUUUUAAGAAAAUAACCAGUUAUGCUGCUUUUAACAUUGGUCUUUUUAUUUGGCUUGGAGUUCUUCAAAGCAGUCAAGUGUGUUCAUAGUCCAGAUUUUUUUUUUUUAAAUAAACACAAUUUUGCUGCCAAAAAUAUAUAAAUAAAACACGAAAGAAAA